AUGCGAAGGCAUACGCUCUGGGCGACUCAAAGGAGUCGCAGCGAGGGUCGCGAGUUUCGAGCGACGGAUCUGGUCGGGUCGAGACAGUCGCUACGAUUACGACUGGCGAGAGGGGAUCGGAGAGCCGCAGGAGGAUGGAGAGAGGAAGCGGACGAAGAGGCAUAUGCGACAGAGGAGGAGGUGAGUGAGCGGGAGGCGAGUGAGUGGGAGGUGGUGGAGGAGGAUGGCGGGGACACGCAGGUCGCGGAGGAGUGUGACGCAGAGGCUAAUGGAAACGAAGAUGAGGCGUGGCAGGUUGAGAAGGAGGAUGAGGAUGGGAGAUGGGAGGAGGAGGAAACGGGAACGGGGGAAGAGGAUGACGUGGACAUGCGGGUUGAAGAGGAGUUAGAGGAAGGUGAGGAGAAAGGAUUGAACGAGCAGGAGGAGGAAGAAGGAUGGGAGGAAAGGGAGGAGGAGGAGGAGGAGGAGGAGGAGGAGGAGGAUGAGGAGGAGGAAAGGGAGGAGGAGGAGGAGGAGGAGGAGGAGGAGGAUGAGGAGGAGGAAAGGGAGGAGGAGGAUGAGGAGGAGUGGGAGGAGGAAGAAGAAGAAAGGGGUGGGGAGGGAGAUCGAGCGUGCGACGUAGAAGCGGAGGGGGCGGUGGCGGACGAGGGAGGGCGGGUGGCGGGCGGGGGAGCCGUUGACUCGUUGCGUGGGGCGGAGGGGGGGAGCGAGCGGGCAGGGGGCGAAAACGAGGCGGAGGAGUUGCAGCGUGGGCUGGAGGGGAGUGGCGCUGCUGGCACGUCAGCAGCAGAGUCGUGUGAAGGCGCCGGGUGCUGCGAGUGGGUAGCGGGGUGUGCAGCAACAGGAGGCGCAGCAGCGGGGGGUGAAGCGGCGGGCAGCGCAGCAGCAGGGAGCACAGCAGCGGGGACGUGGCGGCUGCGGGGAGUGCGGUGGAGCAAGCGGUGGCGCGCAGCACACGAAGAAGCAGGCGGAGAGGUGGCAGGGCGAGCAGCGUUGGAGCCCAUGCGGGGUGGUGAGAUGCCGGGAGAGCAGGCAGCGGCCAAGGGAGGGCAGCGAGGCGACCAGCGGACGCAGGAGGGUCAAGGUGAUGCUGCUGUGGGCGGCGGAGGGGAGGAGGACAGCAACGGAGGCACGGAAGCAGAUGUGGGUCGGGUGUCCCUGGCCUUUGCGGCGUUGGGCUUGGGUGGUGGGCACUGCGAGGAGGAGGAGGAGGAGGAGGGCGAGGUGUUGCAGACGGGGAGUGGGGACGCAGGGAGGGAUGUGCUGUCCCACGAGGCGUUCAGGCUGGCGGCGCAGUGGGAGCAGAUGCCCCUAGACCCCUUGGAUCCCCUGAGCCCUUUGGGCCCUCGGGCAGGAGGCGCGUGCGAGACUGGUGUGCUUGGCGCUUUCAGUGGAGCAUGGGGCGGGCUUGGAAGGGGCGAUGCGAGUGGCGGUUGGAUGGCGGACGUGUUUGGCGGGCUGGUGGGCGAGCAGCAGGCGAUGGGGUGCAGGCAGCCGCUGGCUGAAGUGAACCGUGUGGUGGGUCUAACGGAUGAGAGGAAGCAGCAGCAGCAGCAGCAGCAGCAGCAGCAGCACUCAGAGGUUGUUGCGGGAAACUCACAGAAGAGCUUGUCUCCUGGGAGUUGUAUGGCUGGGCUGGCGAAGGGCGCUGGGUCAAGUGUGACACCAAGGGCUUCUUUCGGGGAAGCGGGGACUGAAGCGUCAAGUGUGUACGGGGAGAACAGUUCAGAGAUGUUUGAGUCUGCUACUAGCGAGGAUGAGGAGUUCUUUGAUGCACAGGCGAGGAGAAGGUCCUGGGGUAGUGAGGGAAUUGAAGGGAUUGAAUGGAUGGAAGCGGUAGAAGUGAUGGAAGGAAUUGCGGAGGGGGAGGAGCGCUGGGGGGAGAGGGCGGUGAGGCAACAGUUGGGAGAAGAAGGGGAUGGAUCGGAUGAGCCGGAUGGGUGCAGCGGGGAUUGUGAUGGGGUGAGCGCUCCUCCCCAGCCUUUGCAUGAAAGCUCAGAAGAGCCACGAGUUAGGAGAGUGGUGGGAGAGGGCUUGAGGGAGGGAAGUGAUGAGCAGGAGAGUGCAUUUGGAGGCGAGGAAUGGGGAGCGGGGAGAUGCGAGGGGAAGAGAGAGAGGCAAGCGUGGGAGGAGAUUCUGGAUGCGACGAUUGCCAUGGGGCAGGACGCUGGAGGGGAGCCGGCUGUUGAGGAGGCUGCAAACAGCAUCUUCCUGACGCUGCUGCAGGCUAGCAGUGAGGAUAGGCGGAUGGAGGACGAAAAUUGGAGCGUGGAGGGCGUUGGCGUUGAGGAUGAGGGGGAAACUCAGCAACUGGAAGCGGUGGUUGGAGAGGAAGAAGGGAGACGUGAUGAAGAAGAUAAGGUUCAGGAAUUACAACAAGAGGAACUAGGGGUGGUGGUGGUCGAGGAGGAGGAGGAGGAGGAGGAGGAGGAGGAGGAGGAGGAGGAGGAGGAGGAGGAGGAGGAGGAGGAGGAGGAGGAGGAGGAGGAGGAGGAGGAGGAGGAGGAGGAGGAGGAGGAGGAGGAAGAGGAAGAAGAGGAAAAAGAAGAGGAGGAAGAGGAGGAAGAGGAGGAGGAGGAGGAAGAGGAGGAAGAAGAGGAGGAAGAGGAAGAGGAAGAAGAAGAUGAGGAAGAGGAAGUAGAGGAAGAAGCGGAUGAGGAGGAAGACGAAGAGGAAGAGGAGAAUGGAGAGGAGGGAGAAGAGGAAGUAGAGGAGGAUAGGGAGGAGGGUGAGAAAGGCGAGGAAGAGGAGGACGAGGAAGGGGAGGAUGAUGAGGGAGCAGGUGAUGAGCAGCACAACCAGUAUGAAGACUCCAAUGGCAUGUCCUUGGUCCUGGAGCCAUCUUUACGGACAGAGUGGGAUGACAGUGAGGACGAUGAGAGCCUGCAAGCACUCGAGGUAGCAGCCAGUGCAAGACCAGCAGGCGUGCUGGUGAAAGGGUGCUCUGAUGACAAUGAGAGGGAGGAGGAGUCUGGCACUGGAAAGGAGGUUCAGCCAGAAAGGGGAGGUUGUCGGGAACUGUCUGAUUCAGAGUCAGGCAAAAAUACGAGCUCGAGUUCCUCGUCCAAUCAGAGUGAGGGACACACUUCAGAUGAGCAGGCUGACACCGAAAGCACUGCAGAUGAGGUGGAGGAGGACGAGCUGGAAAUGGCUUUCUUGUUCCGCCAGCUGCGGUUGUUUCAUGCAAGCCCAAGGCCGACACCGACCAUGAAGCAGAGCCAUUGGUCGAUUUGGGAAAAGGAUGAGCUGCCAUGGAGACCAGAGCUUCCCAUGAUAAUGGAGGUUCCUGGACUUGAAGCUCUUUGCGUUGCAGAGCAGCAACAGCAGUGA